CAUCACAACUUUAUUUGAUCAUUCACAACAUCUUCAGUUAAGAAUAAACCCUUCGAUAUCUUUCUCAUCAUCAAAUAUUUUCCGGAAUCCAUAAAAAUGGCCAUUCGUAUGCCUCGGAUCGUUCAAGCAAAACAAAUUCUUCGAAGGUCAUUUUCAAAUGGGAGAAGUACACCAACAUCAAUGAACAUCCCAUCAGGCUAUUUUGCGGUUUAUGUUGGAAAGCAAGAAAAGAAGCGAUUUGUGGUUCCUGUUUCAUUAUUGAGACAACCUUCAUUUCAAAAACUACUACACCAGUCAGAAGAAGAAUUUGGGUAUGACCAUCCAAUGGGUGGCCUCACAAUUCCAUGCAGUGAAGACAUAUUCAUUGAUCUUGCUGUCAGUCUAGGUGCCUUAUGAGUUAAAUUUAACGUUCUGUGCUAGCAGCGAUUUGUAAAUCACUAACCACUAGUUACUUUUAGUAUCGUUUGUAAACAUAGAUGCUUGUUCCAUUUGUAUGAAACUCGGAAUUAGAAGCUAUCUGAUACAAAAACUAUACUAUUCACAUUA